UGGGGGUGCAAGGUGAGCAGGAAGUAAGCGGAAAUAAACAUAGGAGGUAGAGAUGAAUUCCCUGGAGCAGGCAGAAGAUCUGAAAGCUUUUGAGCGAAGACUUACUGAAUAUGUUUCAUGUUUACAGCCGGCGACAGGACGCUGGAGAAUGAUUCUUAUUGUGGUUUCCGUUUGUACUGCGACGGGCGCAUGGAAUUGGUUGAUAGACCCAGAAACGCAGAAGGUAUCGUUCUUCACAUCGCUAUGGAAUCACCCCUUUUUUACAAUUAGCUGCAUAACUUUAAUAGGACUCUUUUUUGCUGGGAUCCACAAGAGAGUUGUAGCACCAUCAAUGUAUCCUUUUAUUAUUCUGUUUGUCGCUGUCAGUAAAAAUAUUUUGCUCAGUAAACUGCUUUUGCAAAUUAAAGACGGGGAAAUUAAUUCUAAAACCAAGACCUCAUAUCCAAUGACAUUUUUCCUACAAUAUUAGUAAAUUCUUGGACAAUUUUUUCAGAUUUUCUUUAAACAAGUCUUAUGGAAAACAAGUUAACACCAAGAAGGAACAUCAAGACAUGGAAAGCCUUGGAAUAUUUGCUGCAAAGAUGUUGAAUGUUUUUUACUUGGGUUUCAGUUACACUUCAUCAUUUCAC